CGUCGUGCUCGACGCAGGCAGGCAAAUGCAGAUGAUCUUGGCGCUCCUUCAGACGCUGCUACUAUGCAGCCUUGUCCAUGGGACUGCGUCUGCAUCUACAUGUAUCAGUGCUCUUGACGGGCAGGUGCUGGACCUUCGCAAUUCUGCGCAUCUUGUGAACGACGACUACUGCGACUGUGUGGACGGCGUCGACGAACCUUCGACAUCGGCGUGCUCCCAUCUACCAGCAUCGAUGUUUCACUGCAGGAACGAAGGAAUCUUGUCGCUGAGUGUGCACACGUCACGCGUCCACGACGGCGUAUGCGAUUGCUGCGACGGCACGGACGAACGUUUGGGGCGUUGUGCCAACACGUGUCAUGUCGAGAUUGGCAAGCGGCGCGAGCGCGCGAUGAAGGACCUAGUUGUCCUAGAAACGGGCAUGAUGGAGCGGAAGCGGCGUGUGCGUGUUUUAGAGGCGGAAGACGAGAAGAAGGCGGCGGACUUGAUCACGCAUGCAGCCGUCCAACGCGAGCUGCGACAGCUAAAGCAAAAGGUCCAAGUGUUCCUAGACCGAGAAGCUCGGCGGGAGUUUGAACUGCAAGUCGCGUCGGCCAAGCUAAAGGAGACUGUGCAAAACGGCAAAUGCCUUCCAUCCGACAGACACUUGCAUGUCACUGACACUCCGCCGAACGAAGACAACGUCGUUCCACAAGCCUCUACGACCUCCACGACCACACAAGCGUCCUCUUCUACGGAGCAUCAAGUGGCUAGCGAGUUCAAACAAGCCCAAGUCAAGCGCAUUCUAGGCCAUGCCGUUGUGUACCGCCAACAUGGCAACUGGAUGUCCUUGUCUGCUUACAUGCAUGAUGUCGUCGAAACCACGAAAAGGAUGCCAGUGCGGACAGUGUCUGAGCGACGCAAACAGGAUUUUCUGGGUCCAUUUUUCCAUGGGGGCCGCGAAGGCCAAGUGGUCGUGCUCACAGCUUUAUUGCGGGGCUUGGGGCUUGUGCUGUCGCCGGUGCGGCUGCUAGUGGAAGGCGCAUGGUGGCUGCAGUACUACUGGUCCCAUCUAUUGCACUGCGUGCUGCCGUCGUCGGUCCUGAGUCUGUGGCAGACCAUCGUGGACGCUGUUGAGCUGGACUGGCGCUACCAAAAGUCGCUAACGUUGCGACGGAUGUCUCAAGGCCGGGUUUUCUGGUGGUACUGGUACAUUUCGUCGGGGGCGGAGGUUGUGUGGGACGCGCCGGUCGUCACAUACAAGUACCUCUUCCCUACACUCGACAUGACGGUGGUGCUGCCAGAAGCGAAAAGUUUGCGUAAAAUCAUUGCAGACAUUGACCACGACCUCGCCCGUACCCAGCUCGACAUGGAUGCACUCAACCAAGUGGAUGCUGUCGACUACGGAGAUUGCUGCCGGAUUCUCAAAGGCACGUGUGUCAUGGCCCAAAUUGAGAAAUAUGUGUACAAAGUGUGUCCAUUCGAAGCUGUCCAUCAAGACAAGACGCUGUUGGGGUCGUGGAAGCGAUGGCAGCCCCAACCAAACGCAAAUGAACCCCUCACGAUGGUAUUUGAGGACGGCGAAAGGUGCUGGAAUGGCCCCAGUCGGUAGGUUUGUACGCAGUCUCCUCCCUGGACACAACCUAUGGACAUGCAGUUGUUGUUUCGCCGUUAUCCCCACGGAACGUUCUUGGGUUGUAGUUCCGUUCUCGUGGUGUUGGAAUGCGGCGCACAAGACAAAAUCCUUCGGGUGGAAGAACUCUCGACAUGCACAUACACCAUCACCAUGACUUCUCCCGCCGCGUGCUCCCAAGCCCACCUGGAUGCCACUGCCGCAGCCGCACGCGUAUGGCCACCACACAAUGAACUAUGAUAACCACCACAACAGACACAUCACUUCACACCAGUUAAUUCCCCUUCUUGCCUCAUUCAAGCAUUUAUUCGAGUAGUUUUCGUUG